GGGAGUGAGUGAGUGAGCCAGCUGUAUAAAGGAUGCUGGAUGACGGUGAGGAUGCUGCUUCGCUUCCAGGACCUACAUGAGGAUGGAUGGAGUUUUUGCGUAACAGUAAAGCAAAGCCAUGAAUUUGUCUGCUGUAUGUCUCCGUUUUGGCACGAUGUUACAUUCCGGAAGACGGACAUAACAUCUGAGGAGUUGUUCACGGAAUUCCCCAAAAUCACUGGCAAGCAGACUUGUUUUCAACAACACUGAGAGGCUUCACAUCCCCGGAGAUUGUGGGUACGUAAAAUCGGUUUGAAAUGUCCGACUUCCACAACGGAAGCCAAACCAGCGCACGUCGCAGUGACUACGUGUGGCAGUAUGAAUAUUAUGACGACGAAGAGCCCGUGUCUUUCGAGGGACUCAAAGCGCACAGAUACUCCAUCGUCAUCGGCUUCUGGGUUGGACUUGCUGUGUUUGUCAUUUUCAUGUUCUUUGUUCUUACGCUGCUCACCAAGACGGGAGCGCCACAUCAAGAACACCCCGAUUCUGCUGAAAAGCGUCAUCGGCCGGGGAGCUGUCUGGUAGACAUCAAUGGUCCCCAGGAUGAAAAUGACAAAGCUUUCUCUCGUCCGUUACUAGCGGAGUCUCGAUCAUAUUUCCAUUUCUACAUCAAUGAGGAGGAUCAGGGCCAGGGGAAGGGAAAACCAGAAGACAAGAUGGUUGGAAAGCACGCCAGGGCCCAAGUCCAGCAGGGUACCUGCAAACAGCCCAGAGGCACCAGCUCCUCUGGGAUGGAUGAGACGGAAGAGGAUGUUGAGGAAGACGGGGGACACCGAAGUCUCAAUGGACUAACAGAGGAGAGUAACACAGACAAAGAAUGUGCCUUCUUUUCCCAUUUCAACAUCCCCAACUUUGUGAACUUGGAGCACAGUUCGGCUCUCGGAGAGGAUGAUCUGCUGUACGAGCCGUCCGUCGUACUGGAGCGCCAGUCUCACUCACAGGAUGCUCACUGUGACAUCCGCUGAGGCUGUUUCUGUAGAGAUCACAGCCAUUGACAUAGUGGUAUUGUAAUGUUAUUUGCUUUCUUUUCACAGGGUUUUUCACGACCUCACAGGGUGACACAUAUUCCCUUGCUGCUCACCUACAGCACCAGAGCCCUUCCAGCCCUUUGCAACAAGCAUACAUUCAGAUCAACAAGAAACAGAGCACGAAAGAUGGCGAACAUUUUCAGAUUUCCCGAGGAUAAAAUUGGUUCAUUACUGGUGCCUUUUACUUUAAGCACUUCUCUGAAUUGGAUACGGCAGCACCUGGACUGGAUGGCUUUCCACACAGGAGAAUGAGAGGUCAGUGGGGUUACCACGGGGAGAUGCUUUGUACAAUUCAUUCCACUAUUAUCACUGUCUUGUGGGCUUCUGCAGUUUUGGACAAUGGACUUUAUCUCUUUAACAGGACACAAAUCCUAGUUAGAUGAAGAGCACGGAAUUCGGUUAUUUCUGUUCUACAGUGAAAUGCUCUCUGAAUGGUGAAGUGUACUUUGACCAUGUAAUUGGUAGCAUAAUAUCAAAAGCAUAUUUUUCUUUUACAGGGUAGAAAACCUUUGAUGACAAUGUGAAAGACUUUUGUAGACAGAGUUAGAGUUAGAUUAGAAAUGAUUUUGAUUGUUCAAAUAAAGCCUGAUUUUGGAAUUGAACUGUAGUGUGGCUUCUCUUAGAUAUAAAACAAGAACGCUCUCAGAUUUCC